UGUAGGGUUUUAGUGUUAUUUUGCGAUUAAACCGACAAUGGAACGGUAUCUAGUAGCUGUUCUGAUACUGUGCACGAUUUUCUCGGGCUGUGUUUCUCAAUCAGAUUAUGGUGUUUCUCAAGUUUCUCAAUCAGAUUAUGGUGUUUCUCAAUCAAAUUAUGAAGAGAUCCCAAUAAACACGUUUACUUCUCGACGUAUCAUGACUAUUGCAGCAGACCAUAUUGGUGUCGUGCUCAUCAGGGAGAUUUCUGCGUUUAAAAAGGUGGACGAGCCUUGGUACAUCGUGAAUUUUGAAGGCAGAAACGGAUUUGGAAAUGUGUGGACGUGCAAUGCGAAAGUUCACGAACCCACUAUUGGACGGGGAUACGUAACAAGGUGGAACUGCUGGUGGUCUUAAACGUGGAUAAUUCAUGUCUCUUCAGAAAUUAAAUUGUGUUUUAUUUCUGCGUUUAUACGGAUUUUUCCAAAAUCAAAUUGUCCACGAAUUAUUUUUUGUUAAGCUUUUAUGAUCUAUAAUUUUGUCGGUGCGACGUUUAACCAAAAACAAUUUCUAUGGCAACGUCUUUCAUAUAAUAAAUGUGCAUCAUGAAAUUUUGUUCUGUUUUGGUCUGGUCUGUUCUGUACUAUAAGGCAAAAAACAAAUCGAGGGUUGAACGCGAUACUGUCGUAAGUCCUUCUUUAUUUAAUAGGAGUUACUACAGUAUUGCGUUCAGCCCUCGAAAUUAUCUUCUUUGCCCUGUCAUAUCUUUAGAACAAAAUUAAAUAUGGUUUGAUAUUUGACAAUCCUUCAUUGAACGGUUAUUAUCUACACAUCUGUAUCCUCAAAUGAUUGUUUGUCGUUUUAUGAGAAUGGGAAUGUUUUAAAAUAAAGGAAAUGAUUAGCAUUA